CGCAGGGAGCAUUAUACUGUGCUAACUAGGUGUUCAGUACCAAAUAACAGAGGUAUCCCAGAUGUGAUCUGUCAGCUGCGUCUCAUUUUUAUAUUGGUUAAAAUAUAAAACAGAAACUAUGAUGUGAAGAGACAAAACAGCUAGAUAUGUACAUGUUAAUACCAUCACAUGCUAGGUAUUUAAGGUGUAUGCAUAUUUUAUUGUAAGAGCCUGUGAUUGAAUUCAAAUUGGACAGGAAUAUGUGUGUGUGUGUGUGUGUGUGUAGCAAGUGUGAACUUGAUAAGUUCCUUUUAACAAAAACAGAUUUGCUUAUUAUUUUUAAAACGGAAGAAUUUAGGUCUUCUGCAGAGUUUUCCUUUAAAUUCUGUUUACUUACAGGGCUAAAAUUUAACCCAUUUUAAAGUGUGUAUAUUAUAGGGAUUGUAACAAGUAUUAAAAACUGAAAAUCCUUUAUAAUGUGGAUAUCAUUAAUGGAAAAUAAUAGGUAACAAAAGAAGUUGGGGGAAAAGGCUUUAACAUUUCUGAUGAAUAUCUAAGUAAAUGACGUGUUUCCUCCCCCUCCCCCACCCAAAACCCUUAGGCUUGAAGAUGCAGUGGACGCCGGAGCAUGCCCAGUGGCCAGAACAGCACUUUGACAUCACCUCAACCACUCGGUCUCCUGCCCACAAAGUUGAAGCCUACCGAGGUCAUUUGCAGCGCACCUAUCAGUAUGCCUGGGCAAAUGAUGACAUAUCCGCUCUGACUGCAUCCAACCUACUCAAAAAAUAUGCAGAGAAGUAUUCUGGCAUUUUGGAAGGCCCUGUGGACCGACCCGUGCUCAGCAACUACUCUGAUGCACCAUCAGGACUAAUGAAUGGUCGGAAAAAUGAAAGUGAACCCUGGCAGCCUUCUUUGAAUUCAGAAGCUGUUUAUCCUAUGAACUGUGUUCCGGAUGUUAUCACUGCCAGCAAAGCUGGAGUCAGUUCAGCCCUCCCUCCAGCAGAUGUCUCUGCAAGUAUAGGGAGCUCUCCUGGGGUGGCCAGCAACCUGACAGAACCUAGUUAUUCAAGUAGUACCUGUGGAAGCCACACUGUACCUAGUCUCCAUGCAGGGCUCCCAUCUCAGGAAUAUGCCCCAGGAUACAACGGAUCAUAUUUGCAUUCUACUUACAGUAGCCAGCCAGCACCUGCACUUCCUUCACCUCAUCCAUCUCCUUUGCAUAGCUCUGGGCUCCUCCAGCCACCACCACCACCUCCUCCACCUCCAGCCCUGGUCCCAGGCUACAAUGGGACUUCUAACCUCUCCAGUUACAGCUAUCCCUCUGCUAGCUAUCCUCCUCAGACUGCUGUGGGGUCGGGGUACAGCCCUGGCGGGGCACCCCCACCUCCUUCAGCAUACCUGCCUUCAGGAAUUCCUGCUCCUACCCCUCUGCCCCCCACCACUGUUCCUGGCUACACCUACCAGGGUCAUGGUUUGACGCCUAUUGCACCAUCGGCUCUGACAAACAGUUCGGCAAGUUCUCUCAAAAGGAAAGCCUUCUAUAUGGCAGGGCAAGGAGAUAUGGACUCCAGUUAUGGAAAUUACAGCUAUGGCCAACAGAGAUCUACACAGAGUCCUAUGUACAGAAUGGCCGACAACAGCAUUUCAAACACAAGUCGGGGGAAUGGCUUUGACAGAAGUGCUGAAACAUCGUCCUUAGCAUUUAAGCCAACGAAGCAGCUAAUGUCCUCCGAACAGCAAAGGAAAUUCAGCAGCCAGUCCAGUAGGGCUUUGACCCCCCCUUCUUACAGCACUGCUAAGAACUCGUUGGGAUCAAGAUCCAGUGAAUCCUUUGGGAAGUACACGUCGCCAGUAAUGAGUGAGCAUGGGGACGAGCACAGACAGCUCCUCUCUCACCCAAUGCAAGGUCCUGGACUCCGUGCAGCUACCUCAUCCAACCACUCUGUGGACGAGCAACUGAAGAAUACGGACACGCACCUAAUUGACCUGGUAACCAAUGAGAUUAUCACCCAAGGACCUCCAGUGGACUGGAAUGACAUUGCUGGUCUCGACCUGAUAAAGGCUGUCAUUAAAGAGGAGGUUUUAUGGCCAGUGUUGAGGUCAGACGCAUUCAGUGGACUGACGGCCUUACCUCGGAGCAUCCUUUUAUUUGGGCCUCGGGGGACAGGCAAAACAUUACUGGGCAGAUGCAUAGCUAGUCAGCUGGGGGCCACAUUUUUCAAAAUUGCUGGUUCUGGACUAGUCACCAAGUGGUUAGGAGAAGCAGAGAAAAUCAUCCAUGCCUCGUUUCUUGUGGCCAGGUGUCGCCAGCCCUCAGUGAUAUUUGUUAGUGACAUUGACAUGCUUCUCUCCUCUCAAGUGAGUGAGGAACACAGUCCAGUCAGUCGGAUGAGAACCGAGUUUCUGAUGCAGCUGGACACUGUACUAACUUCUGCUGAGGACCAAAUCCUAGUAAUUUGUGCCACCAGUAAACCAGAAGAAAUAGAUGAAUCUCUUCGGAGAUACUUCAUGAAACGACUGU